CCCCCUUCCCACUUCCCCUACCCACUCACUCUCUCUCUAAAACCUCCAUAUUUGAGGCUAGAGAGAGAAACCAAAACACACCUUUAACAUACACUCUUUUGUGCCCUUCUUCAUUUGAGUGAAAAAAAAGUGAGGUUUCUUUUUUUUUUUUUAAUUGUUUGAAUUUAAAGCACAAAAAUGAAUAAACCAACAAAACCCAUAUCAAGCCCAGGAAGAACAACAACAACAACAACAGAGAAGUUCCCACCGCCAUUGAUGAGGUUUUUAAGAAGCAACGUGGGAAACAAGAGCAGAAGAAGGUCACGUGCCAGCCCUAUGUUCGUUAGAAAGAAAAACACACUAAUCGAGACCACACAAGAACCAUCUUCACCUAAAGUCACGUGCAUCGGCCAAGUCCGUGUCAGCCGCUCCAAGAAAAAAAACCACAAAACCACCACCGCCACCACAACCAACCACCACCACCGCAACCGCCUCUGCCGUUGCCUUAGAACCAUCAAACCGUUCUCGUGUACAAACGUUUGGUCCAAAUGGGUAACUUUAUUUCGAUGCUGGAAAUGCGGAAACUCCAGAACAAACACAAACAACGCACCCCAACACCAGCAACACCAACAAGAAGAAAACCACCAAGGAGAAGAACAAAAACAAGAACGGGUCUCGUUCUUUCGAUGCUGCGGGAGUUAUAAAAACUCCAGAAAACACAAACAACACCAGCAGAAGCAACAUCUUCACCAACAAGAGCAACACCAACAAGAAGAAAACCUCCAAGAAGAAGAAGAACAAAAACAAGAACUGGUCUCGUUCUUUCGAUGCGGGAGUUAUAAAAACUCCGGAAAACACAGACAACACCAACAGAAGCAACAUGUUGAGCAACACCAACAAGGAGAAAACCACCAAGAAGGAGAAGAAAAACAAAAACAAGAACUGAUCUCGUUCUUCCGGAGUUAUAAAAACUCCGGAAAAAUCAAACAAGAACACCAAAAAGAACCAGAAGAUGAUGUACAGCAUGUAACACCAACAGAAGUUGAUAAUAUAAAUGAAAGUUUGAUAUCACGAACGCCGCCGAAGAACGCGUUCUUGUUGACGAGGUGUAGAUCUGCACCGUACAGGUCGUCUUCAUUGGCGAACAUAUUUAGGGAAUCAAUGAUGGAGAAAAGUGAUGAAGAAGUUGAAGAUACAAUGAAAGAGUUGAAGAUUGAAAAGGAAGAUGAAGAAGAUGAAGAAGAUGAAGAAGAAGAAGAUGUAGGUACAUGUAAUGAAGGUGAAGAAUUAAAAGAAGUGCCAUUGAUUCUGGGCAGGUGUAAAUCAGAACCAGCAAGAACAUGGGAUCAAUUACUUCGUGUAUGAGUUUGACUUAAUUAACUGUGAUUAGUUGGUUAUUUUUAUUU